AUAUCCAACUUUCGGCGCACUUCGCCCAAGUCUCAUCGACAACAUAUUGCUGUAGCGAGCUACUCGACAAAGGCUGAUCACAGGUGCUGGAACGUCCACAGUGCGAAAGCGCGAUCGUAUCAGCUGUCGAAAAUGGCACGAACACGGCGCGCUCGCCCCACCGACUUGACGGAAUCUUGGGACGACGUAAGCGAUUCCCGGCAUUCGGAAGGCAUAUACGAUGAACAGACGGAACGCGAAGAGGUUGGCAGCGCAUACGAGACUUCAAGGAAUCCUUCACAAAGAGCGACGAACAAUGAAAAUGAGUCUCCACGGCGGAGAACAUUACGCUCCUCAGUCGAGCCCGAGCUUGUGAUGCCAUCAGCUCCAGAUGCUCGAGCACAUCAUACAAAAGAUGGCAGGAAACGAGACGCAACACCACGAUUCAGACUGAACGAGAGGAGCAAUACAUCGGAUGCCGGGCAGAUCAGGAAACUGAGUAGAGCAACAACUCCGCGAGCGAGAAUGGCGGAGCGGAGUAUGACAAGUGACGCUGGACGUUUUCAGAAGAGCAAGCUCAGUCAACACAACGAGGAGGAGUACGAGUCGGACGAGGAGAAGACAAGCAAGACUUCGCAGUAUUCAGCUGUUGCCUGGAGCAAGAUUAUCAAACCGCUUCUAUCAUACACGACAGAUGUGGUGGGCCUGGUGCUACACAAUAUGAAGCCGAUUUUCGGCUGGGCCCUUCUGGUAUAUCUACUUGCCGCUGCGCUAGUAUUUGGAUCUGGAUUCUUGAACAACACAAUCAACAAUGCGCUCACGCCGAUAUGCCGAUUACCAUUCACAGGCGGCUUGCCAUUCUGCCCGAACAGCAAUGCUCCAGAGCUCAAGGGUCAAGCAGAAUUUGGACAGCUCAUGCAGGCACAGAAUGCAUUUGAGGAUGUUUUGAAGAGCUCAUCAGUCGGUGCGAAUUUGCCAGCGGACAUGAAGAGAAGCGAGGCCAGCAUCCGCGACCUUAAGCAUGUCGUGCAGUAUUCUAGUCUUCCUUCGAAGAACGAGCUCGUGUUCGAAUUCAGUGGUUUUGUCGACACAGCACGACAAGCAAGCGGAGAUCUCAGUCGAUUCAACUCGCGCAUCGGCAGAGCAGUGGACCAUAUUCUCUCUACCAACCGCUGGACGCUAAGUGUGAUUGAUGGCGUCUCGGAGAAAGAAGCGCAGCGUGGGUCGAUUGCGAGAUUCUUCAGCGACAAUCUGAAUAUCUUCGCACCCUUUCAGCCCCUCAGCCUCUCGAGGGAUGUGCUUCUUGACCAGUAUCUCCGCCAUACAGGGGCUGUAGAAGAGCAGAUCAUGUCGCUGAUCGAUGAGGCGAUGGCUCUUCGGGACAUUCUCGACAAUCUCGACAACAGACUUGAUAUCAUCUCAGGCAUCUCAACUCGUGAUGGCAUCAGAAUCGAGUCUGGCAAAGACGAACUGUUUGCCGCCCUCUGGACCAAGCUUGGAGGCAACCGCAAAGAUCUCAACAAGCUCAAUUCCCAGCUUGAGUUGUUGCGCAAUGUCGGCGAAUAUCGACGUCUUGCGUGGGGACAUGUGACAGCUACUCUAUUGAAACUGCAAGAGAUUCAACACAGCCUCGAAGACCUACGAGAACGCGUAGCAAUGCCCGAAACUGUUGGCACUGACAAAAUACCAUUGGAGAUCCACAUUGAAAGCAUCAACUUGGGCAUUGAAAGACUUGAGAAGCAAAGAGAUGCGAGUCGUCAACUUGCUGCACAGAACUACGAGAAAAUUGUAGGUAAAGCAGAGCAGGGAGAUAAGAAGAUGUUGGGUAGCGGGAAGCAGGAGCGAGAAUUGUGAUGAAUGAGUUGACAGGACUUUGGAUACGACAGAUCAUGAUUGAUGAGCAAGUCCGUAGUACGAUGAUACCCACGAUAGCAGUACGACUUG